AUGUUACACGCAUUAAGGUUACUGGUUCAUUCUGAUGGUCGAGAUAAAACUUUAAAAAUUAUUCAAUAUUUUGGAAAGAUUAUUCUUUGGCUUCAAGCUCGUAAAACAUCAUCCAAAUCUUCAAAAUAUGAUCAUUUCAUUAAUUCUGUUUUAUAUAUACUUAUUAGAGACAGAAAUGUUACACCUCGUUUAAAAGCUAUGACAUCUCAUUUUAGUACAACUCGUAAAAUAAUUCGUUUAGCACAUUUUUUAGAACCUUAUUCUGAUUUAUGUGAAUAUUAUAUUGGUGCACGUAGAAUUUCUUAUUCAUCAACUUCAUAUGAAAAAUUUGUUUAUUAUCUUGGUGUAGUAAAUGCUUUUUUGGGUUUAUGGAAUGAUAUAUUUGAUGAUUUAUAUUGUCUCGGUAAAAUUGAUAUAUUAGAUAAAUCUAUUGCUAAAUGGGCUGAACCUAUUGCGAUUAAACUUUGGUUUUUCAGUAUUUGUUUGGAUAUUCACGAAACUUCAUUUAAAAUCUGGCAAACAAGCAAGAAAAUUAAAAAGGUUAAUGAUAAUGAUGAUGAAUUAAACAAUGUUAAAUUGAAAUUAUAUUGGUUGAAUAUUAGUUUAGCUAAAUUACUUAUGGACUUUUUGUUCUGUGGAUACGAUUUCUUUGGACUUGAUUUCUCAGAUAGCGUGCAAGCGUUUUCUGGUUUUCUUGCUGGAAUUCUAAGUUUUCAUAAACUUUGGGUGAAGGAAACACAAAGAAUCAUGAUGAAAACUUAA